CCAUGAGCAUGUGGUGUGUUGUGUGACAGAUAUAAACCCAGUCUCUUUGUUUGCGUCUUUUAUCUUAGCUGUUGCUGUCUUAUCAUGAUGAUGGACUGGGACAGUACAGUGUUUUGAAAGUCCAUGCAUGUAACAUAUGCUUUCAGUCGGUUACAUUUUUGACCAAUCCUUCGCUCCUGCACCCUUUGAUUUAUUACUCUUCCAUAGUCUCUGUCCUUCUCUCUCUUUCUCUCUCUCUCUCUCUCUCUCUCUCUCUCUCUGUCUCUCUGCCCCCCCCACCUCUUUUUAACCGAAAAACUCUCUCUCGUGUGACGUCCUGAAGGUUUAUCUUCCUUCGCUUGCCUCUAACAAGGAAACUGGAAUGUACACCAAUCACAUGAAGGACUCAAACAACAACUUCAACAAGUCUCUUCUGAAUGACCAGAAGGAGAAACUCAUCCAGGCGAUUAAGAAGAUUAAACAUGAAGUGGAUGAAUGCCAUGAAGCAGAGAAAGACACUUUUGUAGAUGCAAUCGAUGUGGAGAGUCAGUUUGAGGACAUGGAGCGGGAAAUCCAAGCUGAAUUCCAGAACCUUCAUAACUUCCUGUAUGAGGAAGAAGAGAGAGACCUGGAACGGCUGAGGAAGGAGCGGGACAGACGAGUGAAAAUGCUGAAGGAAAGAGAGAGGAAGAUUGCCAUGCAGGGUCGAGACCUGGAGAGGGCCAUCGAGACUCUGAACAGCAAGCUAGCAGAAGACGACAGUCCUAAACUGCUGAAGGAAAUCAAAGAGCUCCUGAAGAGAUGUGAGGUGAAUUUUGUUCGUCCGGCUCCGGUGGACAGCGAGAUUUGCUCAGGACAGUUUCUGGGUCCUGUUCAGUACAGAAUCUGGAAACACAUGAAGGCUUCUCUCUACCCAAACAUAUCGUUGUUGACCUUCGACCCUGAGACCGCUCAUCCGCUGCUGACCCUUUCGGGUAACAACACAACGGUGCAUUUCCAGGAAGACAAGGACACAGUUGCGGAUGACAACAAGAAACGUUUCCACUAUUAUUACUGCGUGAUGGGUCGAGAGGGCUUCAUGCACGGUCGGCAUUACUGGGAGGUGGAGGUGCGAGGCAAGACGGCCUGGCGCCUGGGCGUGGCCAGGGAGGACGUGUGCCGUGGCGAGAUGGACUCAUCCACCACAGCAAAUGGGUUGUGGACACUGGCGUUGAAGAACAGCUCAAUCGUAGCCUGCACUGACCCCAAGCCUACGAUCAUACGCACUGCCACUCUGCCCGUCCGCAUCGGCGUCUUCCUGGACUGCGACAAGGAGGAGGUGUCCUUCUACGACACUCUCACCAUGAUGCCGCUCUUCUCGUUCUCUAUGGAUUCCAUUCUCGUGCCUAUUUACCCGUUCUACAACCCUUGCGAUACAGAUGAUGGGAGGAACCUCGCCCCUAUCACCAUCUUCCAUCCCUCGCUCUGACAGGAGGAUUGAGCAGAUGGACUUCUAAUCUCUAAGAUUUCUCAGAAAUGGUAUAUUACAAAAAAACCUCAAGAAUAGCUGUUGAUAUUCAGUAUGUUGGCUCUUUCUUUUUCUUUUCAUUUGUUUAAUAGUGUGUGUGUAUGAAAGGUUUGAUGUCUUGCAAGAAUUUUCAUGUGGAAUAAAAAUGAAUAGAACAAUAAUCAUCAAUGUCAGAAAUGAAAUCUCUCUGGAUUGAAGGUUAGUGCAGACAGAAUGAAUGAUAGAAGAGAGGAAGAGCAGUAAAGGAAGAGAGAGAGAUAAUGUAAAUGAUUGGACGGAUGUUGAGUCAGUGUCUGGGUUUUAUAACGUUCACUUCAUGCUGCCUAUAAUUAUCCUAGUCACCUGCUGAACUCGGCACAACGUAGCUACAUCUACUAUGUGAACAAUACACAGGGAUGAAGUGUGUGUGUGUGUGUGUGUGCUGUCUUAUAGCAUGACUGACACUGUUUCAAAGCACAUUUUUACAAAAGAAGAAAAACUCGGAACCCUUUUUUUAGACCUUGCUUUUUAUUAUAACAUAACAAACGUCAUGUUCCUUCACAAAACGUGUGCAUUUGUGUCUGUGCAAAACGAAACUACAGAGAUGGACAGACUGGAAAUAGGUCAUCGGAGAGAACCUGGGCCGUGUGAUGGACACGAGACGGAGGCAGGUGGAACUGUGUGUUGUCCUGCAGGACGUCGACUAGAGCACAUACACACAUACACACUCCGUCGGUUGCGGACCUUUUGAUGUAACUGUAACUCCCCAGUGCUAACAACCUCGCUGUCCUGUUGUCAUGCUCCAUCUUCUAAGCUUUUACCACACACACACUCACACACACAAUGAGUCAUAGACACUGAGCAUCCCAUGCAGCUAAAGCACGUAUAACUCUGCAGUGAUAACUGGGAUUGAUGAGAAUUAAGCCUAAGAGUUUGUGUGUACUUUUAUACAUCUGAUAAGGGAAAUAAAAAAGUGUGUAAAGUCGGUAGAAGCUUGGCAUAAGAAUCCUUGUCUGUGUGUAUUGCGUUGAUUUGUUUUCAUCAUACACUGAACCCAAACAAGUGUCUUGAUUUAAGACAAUAAAUAUUACACAAAGCUGUCUAAUGAUCUCCUUUGCGUGCUUUAAUCAUUUCAGAUUCCUUUCUGAGGCUAAAAUGAAUGAACAAUCUUGGAUCCUGUGACUUGAUAUCAGUGAAAAGAGGGUGACAAUAAUAGAUAAUGACAAAGAGCUUAAAGCAUAGCAAUUUAAGGAUACGUUAAUCGCCUGAAAUGUAU